AUGGGAGGUCUGGGCCUCAGAUCUCCAUCCGAUCUCGCCUUAACGGCCUUUAUAUCCAGUAGCCUACUAACUAAAAACAUAAUAAAUCCCAAUUCUUUAAAACCCGACUCUUCUUUUAAUGAUGCAAUCAUCGAAUGGAGGACACGAAUUUCUGCUGAUCACCCUCUUCCUGAAUCUAAUAAGCAGAAGGACUGGGAUAGGCCUAUUAUUGCACUCUGCGUUGAAUCACUUCUUUCCAGAAUGCAAUUAUCAGACCGUCCCUUAUUCUCUUCUUUGCUUAAUGGUUCAGGCCAUGAGUUUCUCGAGACCAUUCCGUCUAUUAAUCUGCAAUUACAACUAAAUAAAAACGAGCUCACACAUGCAAUCGGUAUCCGUUUAAAUUGCCUUAUUACCCAACCCCACAUAUGUUCAGGUUGCGGCUCCGCAGUUUUGGGCAAUGGAAGACAUAGUCUUCAUUGUCGCUCAUGUAAAGGUCGAAUUGUAAGACAUAAUCUAUGCAAUUCGAUCAUUCUUAGAGCUCUUAGAUCUGCUCAAAUCCCCUCCACUCUUGAACCAUCCGGUCUUUUCAGAUCUGAUGGGAAACGGCCUGACGGUAUUUCGCAAAUUCCUUGGAAGCGCGUCAAUAUACUCGAGAAAAAGGAGACACUCAAAAUAGCGAAAUAUUCCGAAAUCUCUCAAGAAUAUAUUUUCAUCCCCAUUAUUUCCACUACCCUUACUACUUUUGGGAAAUAUGCCUUUUCCUUUUUCAAGGAACUCGGCUCCCACAUUCGUCAACUAACCGGUGAACCCCGCGAGGGCUUCUUCUUAAGGCAAAGGCUCUCCAUCGCAAUACACAAGCGACUUAAGUCCGUGACAGGGAUCAAAAAAUCUUUCUUGCUUCCUUACGACUCUCAAUCUUCCACAGGUUUGGCCUCGUUGGAUGAAACCAGUUCUAACGAAAUUGGGUUAGGAUAUCCGAUAUAUUUUUAUGACAAGCAAUAUUCCAGUCUAUUCGUUAAUUCCAAUGGAAUCCUCUCUUUCGAUACUGAAAUUCCAUCCUACGUUAAUAAAGAAUUCCCAAUAGGAUACCCUCUUAUAGCAGGAUUAUACAGUGAUAUAGAAUUAUCUAGAUCUGGAAGGAUUUAUUAUGGGAAAUACCGAAAUGAUAAGACGCGCGAAAUUAUAGAUCACCUUAUUAAGACUGUAAAUAAAAAUGAUACGGAAUUUCAUGUUGAUCACAUAUUUGCGGCUACUUGGGAAAAUGUUAGAGGAUAUUUGCAAGUGGCUAACGAGGGCAAUACCUUUCAAAUAAUUUUAGCUAACGGAGGCAAUACGACUUAUGCGAUAUUAUUGUACCCAGAAGAUGGCAUUAAUUGGUAUGCCACAAAAUCUAAAAUGCCUAAUUUACCUCCCCUAAAUGCUCAGGUUGGGUUUGAUGCUGGGGAUGGUUUCCGGUAUUACAAAUUACCGAACUCAAAAGGUCACGCCAUUCUAUCCCUCAUGAAGCGAUCUAAUGUGGAUAUUCCUGGUGUAUGGAUAUACAAAAUCGGAUAUGUUCGUCAAAUCAAUGAACCAAAACAUCUCAAAAAGUUAUCCUCGUCUGAUUUAACGGCAUCGAACGAAAUUGAAAUAUGUGACGAAUAUUCUUGUCCUUUAAAUUCGAUUUGUACAAACUACAAAAAAGGAUUUUGUUGCAAAUGCAAGCCAGGACAUUUUGGUAAUGGAAUCAAUUGCAUCAUCGAAAAAACCCCAUUGAGGGUUAUAGGUAGAGUUAAUGGUAAAAUCAACGGCGAGAUCUUGAAAAAUAUAGAGUUGCAUUCUUACGUAGUUACGGUAGACGGAAGAAUUUAUACAGCCCUCAGCCAGGUGCCUCCAAAGAUAAGCCACAGCAUGAAGAUGUUGUUACCCAUAGCAGAAUCUAUCAAUUGGCUAUUCGCUGUCAAUCCUGAAAAUGUUUCGAACGGAUUUACGGUGACUGGUGGGAUCUUUAAUCGUACUACCACAAUUAACUUUCCCAUUACUAGAGAGCAGAUUGAUAUCAAGGAAUAUUUCCAAGGCACAGAUAUAUUCGGAAAUUUAAAAAUGAGCAUAGAGAUACAAGGAGACAUCCCAAAUGUGGAGAGUCACAAUCAAAUCGACUUUUUAGAUUAUAUGGAGGAGUUCAAAAAUGUGGCACCAGGUAAAAUAAUUAGUCAAUCCAAAUUGAUUUUCAAGAUAAACGCCGAAGAAAAAGCUUUCAAUCUAAAUCAAGAAAUAUAUUUUGACGAGUGUCAGCAUUUGGAUAGAUGGAAAUCGAGCCCUGGAUCGCUUCUAGCUGUAACCAGAAAUUUCGCUGUUUACGAUGAGAGGGAACAAGUUGUAAGAUUCGCUUCCAAGAGUAAAAUCAGACCUAUAGGUCACAAUCCUUGCAUAGAAAUAUUAUGUCCGCCAUAUUCAUCUUGUUCACUGGCAGAAAAUUCUUACAAAUGCAGAUGUAAUACUGGAUUUAGGAGGAACGGAGAACUAUGUCACGACGUAAAUGAGUGCGCUGAAAAGACGUUCAAAUGUGAAAAUUAUACUACGUGCUAUAAUACACCUGGUUCUUAUUUAUGCAGAUGUAACUUUGGAUUUGCAGAGGACGGAAAAACAUGCUUAGCUUCGUUUGUUCAGUAUACAAUUGCAAAUACUAGUCGAAUAAAUCAAAAUGUGAGUGAAGAUUGUUCUAAAGAUGAAGGUAUUUGUGACAUCAACGCGGAAUGCUAUGUAAACAAAUCUGUUGGAAUUAAUCAAUGCCGAUGCUUAGAAGGUUACCUUGGGAACGGAUUCAACUGCGAUAAAAUUAUGAUUAGCAGUCCGUCAAGUGUCUCUCCAACACCUAUAUUUACAGAACUUCAAGAUUGUUCCCAAAAUAGCAAUAUAUGCGAUAAAAAUGCCGAAUGUUUCUGGGACGCCUCCAAGAAGUUGUAUUCUUGCCGAUGUAAAAUUGGAUAUUUGGGUGACGGUAGACAGUGCAAAUUUACUGAUAUGUCACGAGAUUGCAGUUAUGUUGAUUAUUGUCACGAAAGGGCUCAAUGCACUUAUGAUUCAACUAGAAGCUUAUUCGAAUGCAUGUGCAAUCCAGGCUAUAAAGGCGAUGGCAUAACAGUUUGUGUUUUUGAUAAGAGUUGUAAAUAUGACCUGACGAUAUGCGGGCACCAGGCCGGGGUUUGUGUAUUAGAUCCCAUCAAGAAUAAUCAUGUGUGCCAAUGUUAUCCCGGUUUUAUCAAUUCUGGAGAGACCUGUAUCAGUAUGAAUGAAAUAUCUUGCGACGAAAACCCAGCUAUGUGUGAUCCCAACGCGGAAUGCGUUCCGUUUGGUGCCCUGAAUAAAGAUUUUAAAUGCAGUUGCAAAUAUGGUUUUAUUGGAGAUGGCAGAGCGUGCCGAGCUGCUAAUCCGUUGACGAUAGGCUUGAUAUACGCCCAGGGAAGUUCUAUUGUGCAGAUUCCAGUCUCCUUUUUACAGUCCUAUCCGGAUUCCUACUCUAACUCUAAGGUUGCUCGCAAGAGAAAGUCCUCAAAAUUGUUGGAGCAGCUAUUGGCCAUAGGACACAUGCAAGGUAAAUAUUUAUCCAAUGACCAAACCCAAAUUGCUGUGGGUGUUGGAGCCGAUUGCCAGACUGGGUUUCUCUAUUGGACGGAUGUUUCGGGCAAAAAAAUUAAGAGAUCUAAUCAUGACGGUUCCAAAAUCAUCGAUUUCAUAUAUGAAGACGUUCAAACGCCUGAAUUAUUGGCUAUUGAUUGGGUAAACAGAAAUAUAUUUUGGACCGAUUCAGCUAAACGAACGAUUGAAAUAGCCUCUCUGGAUGGAAAAUAUAGGAAGGUGUUGGUAGAUAAAAAUAUCAUCAAUCCUAGAGGCAUUGCUUUGGAUUGGAGAGAAGGACGUAUCUUUUGGAGUGACUGGAAUAGAGAUAUUCCUAAGAUUGAAAGCUGUUAUAUGGAUGGUUCGGACCGUAAAAUACUAAUAGUUCAAAAUAUUAAAUUGCCAAACAGCCUCAUUUUUGACGAUAAUUCUAGGCAGUUAUGCUGGGUAGAUGCAGGCACAAAAAAUUUGGAAUGCCUGAACCUUUACAACAACGUUAGACGCGUUCUUGUAUCCAAUUUAACAUAUCCUUUUGGCUUGACGCAAACCGAUUCUAACUUUUAUUGGACAGAUUGGAAGAGAUCCCAAAUUAUGAGUGCUGAGAAGCAAAGGGGACUCAUUAAUCCUCCACUAAUUCCCGCUUUGGGUGGAAGUGGAAGGAUUUACGGCAUCACCAAUGUUUUAACCGCUUGUCCGAAAAUUGACACAAAUGUAUGCACGCUAAACAAAGGAGGCUGUCAAUACAUUUGUGUUCCCAGGAUGAACAAUAAUAGAAUGUGUCUAUGUCCUGAUAAUGUUCCAUCGUCGACGUGUUCAUCAACAGCUUAAUCGCGAAUAUAACUCACUUAUCCUUUAGUUGAGUAUGAUAUUUGUUUAUCAUAAAUUAAAGUAAA